AUGUCCAACGCCGAGCUCGCUUCGUCCUACGCGGCCCUGAUCCUCGCCGACGACGGUGUUGAGAUCACCGCCGACAAGCUCCAGACCCUCAUCAAGGCCGCCAAGAUCGAGGACGUUGAGCCCAUCUGGACCUCCAUCUUCGCCAAGGCUCUUGAGGGCAAGGAUGUCAAGGACCUUCUCGUGAACGUCGGCUCUGGUGGCGGUGCUGCCCCUGCCGCUGGUGCCGCCGCUGCUGGUAGUGCCGCCGAGGAGGCUGCCCCUGAGGAGGCCAAGGAGGAGGAGAAGGAGGAGUCUGACGAGGAUAUGGGCUUCGGUCUCUUCGACUAA